AUGUCUUACUACAGUGAGUCCUGCCGACCCUGUGAGGUGACCUGCCCUCAGCCCAUUGCCGAGAGCUACAAUGAGCCCUGUGUGCAGCAGUGUCCCGACUCCAGAGCAGUGAUCUUCCCCCCGCCAGCUGUGGUGACACUGCCGGGCCCCAUACUCAGCUCUUUUCCUCAGGAGAGCGUGGUGGGAUCAUCAGGUCCAGCCCUGUUGGGGAGGUCCUUUAGUUCCCAAAGCUCUGGGGGCUAUGGGGGCUCUCUGGGUUUGGGGAGCUAUGGAGGCUCCCUGGGCUAUGGGGGCUCCCGAGGCUAUGGGAGCUCCCUGGGCUUGGGGGGCUACAGAGGCUCCUUUGGUUUGGGAGGCUAUGGAGGCUCUCUGGGCUUGAGGGGUUAUGGAGGUUCCCGGGGCUAUGGGAGCUCCUUUGGUCUGGGGGGCUAUGGUAGCUCCCUGGGCUAUGGGGGCUUCCGGGGCUGUGGGGGCUCCUCUGGUAUGGGGGGCUAUGGGGGCUCCUUUGGCUUGGGAGGCUAUGGAGGCUCACUUGGGUAUGGCCAUUCCCUAGGUUAUGGAGCUGACUUGGGCUAUGGGGGCUCCCUGGGCUAUGGGGGUCAAUACGGGUCCAGUGGCUUUGGCAGCUCUGGCUUCUCCUCCUGUGGCACUGGCAUUACCUCCCAGAGGUGGGGCAGGUCCCGCCGUGGGAGCUGCGGGGCUUUCUGA